AUGGACGUCACAAACCAGACUCAGGUUUCCGAGUUUAUUAUUGUGGGAUUUCCCGACUUCAAAGGACUUCAAACUUUACUCUUUCCCCUGCUACUCAUCAUCUACAUUUUCACCAUCAGUGGCAACAUCACAAUAAUUACUUUGAUAUGCACCCAUUGCCAUCUCCAUGUUCCUCUUUACAUCUUUGUGGCUAUACUUUCCUUCCUGGAAAUAUGGUACACGGCCGUCACAAUUCCUAAAAUGCUUGCCAAUCUAUUAAAUAACAAGACCAUAUCAUAUCAUGGUUGUCUGCUACAAAUAUAUUUCUUACACUGUUUAGGUAUCACUGAGACUUAUCUCCUAACAGCUAUGGCCUAUGACCGCUACCUGGCCAUAUGCAAUCCUCUACGAUAUCCAUCCAUCAUGACCCCAUCAUGUUGCUUCCAGCUUGCUGGUCUCUGCUGGUUUAUAGGGCUUAUUGGUCCUUUAGCCCAGAUAAUCCUUCUUUCUAGACUAUAUUUUUGUGGUUUAAACAAAGUUGAGCACAUAUUUUGCGAUUUUGCUCCACUAAUAAACUUAUCGUGCUCAGACACUUCUCUUAAUUUUGCUGUGGAUUUUACUAUUAAUGCAAUAAUUAUCUGUGUUGCCUUCACGUGCAUCAUAUGUUCCUAUGCAAAGAUACUUUCAGCCGUGUUAAAGAUAAGCACCAAAGAAGGGCGAAAAAAGGCAUUUUCUACUUGUGGGGCGCACCUUACUGUGGUUACUUUAUUCUUUGGAAGUGUUGCUUUUAUGUAUAUCAGGCUAACCAAAAGCUAUCCUGCAAACUAUGAUCGAAGCAUGGCUGUUAUAUAUUCAGUUUUAACACCCAUGUGCAAUCCAAUCAUUUAUAGCUUACGGAACCAAGAAAUUAGAGAGCUGAUAAGAAAGAAAUUAUCAAAAAUAAUGUAA